AUGACUCUACAGAACCUCAAACCUGCUGCAGGGUGGUAUUUGCAUGUGUGCCUGCAGCAGAAUGUUUCCUCUCUUAUGAACACACUUUGCACAGCUUCCGUCUUUGCACAGAUGGUGGCUGAGGAGGGGAGCUGGCUUUGUGGGCUCCCCAUUUUAAUGCUGGUGUUUUCAUCCUCUAGAUCUCACCCACAAAGUACUGUGGGCUUCUCAAUCGGCGGUGCCCAUCAAGUCAGAAAGCAGACUGCCAUGGCUUCUUCCAUGGGGUGUUGUCUUAAUUACAAUCCUCGACUCAGGGAAAAAAAUCAGGCAGAGAGUGACUGCUCUGGCUCUCACUGCCUCUUGAGGUUUGGUGAUGGUUAUACAGUCAGAGUUUGGCUCUGUAAAGAAACAAGUCAACACAGCAGUGUUUCUGACUACUUGAAGCUCUAUUUUCCAAGAAUCCAGUUUAAGGGACAGCACCUUAAUUUAUUGGAAUAUCAUGUGCCAAAAAGAUGGGGAUAUUUAGCUGACUUGUUCAAAGUUCUAGAAAACAAUAAGGACUUCCUGAAAAUCAAGCAUUAUUCCAUUAACCAAACCACUUUGGAACAGGUAUUUAUUAAUUUUGCUUCUGAGCAGCGGCAAACUCCGCAAUCUGCUCUUGAUCCAUCCACUGACUGUCAUCACCCACAUCGUCUGCCUAUAUAA